AUGAUGACAAAGAAUAUCUUUCGAAUAGGUGGACUUUUUGAAAUAGAUUCGAUCAGAAAACAAAAUGCAAUUUCAGAAUAUAAGGCUGUGCAAGUAGCUUUAAAACAUGUUAAUGAGAACAGAGUCUUAGACGAGUAUAUGCUAGACAUGGUUUCCAAUGAUUCAAAGUGUGAUCCAGGUGUUGCAACAGACGCACUUCUGGAUUUGAUUUAUCGAAAACCACAGAUACUUAUGGUAAUGGGAGGCGCAUGUUCAGAGGUGACAGAAACUUUGGCAGAGCUGUCCCCAUACUGGAAUUUGAUAUUAGUUUCAUAUGCAUCAACCUCUCCAGCUUUAAGCGAAAGGGAAAAAUACAAAACUUUCUUCAGACUGGCGUCAACUGAUUCUUCCAACAACCCAGCGAGAGAAUUAUUUAUUCAGCAUUUUAAAUGGGAUACUGUAGCUACCAUAUAUGAAAAUAAGGAAAUGUUCUACCUUGCUAUUGAUGGACUGGCAAAAAUAUUAGAGAAGAAUAAAAUAACAAUCAAAAGAUCCGUUUCAUUCAACACAAAAGAAACUGAAAUAUCGUCAAAAAUCCUCGAACUUCAGCGAGCGGAUAUUCGAGUCAUAAUUGGAGGUUUUUCUGAAGUUGCAGCUAGAAAGGUUUUCUGCCAGGCGUACAAGCAUGGUAUGUUUGGAUCCCGUUUUGUAUGGAUAUUGAUAAAAGAAACCGUAGAAAGAUGGUGGGAAGCUUCAAAUGAUACAGAAUGUACAGUAGCCGAGUUACAGCUAGCAACAGAGGGAUAUUUCAUUGUUACAAGUUUGAAUACAUUCAAUAAUAACCAAAUGUCUGUUUCAAACAUUACGGCAGGUAAAUUUCUAGAAGAUUACAAAAAUAUAAAUGGUACAGUGCCUCUCAGUCCAUAUGCUACCAGUGCCUAUGAUACAGUUUGGACGAUGGCGUUAACUAUUAAAGAAACUUUACGACACUGGAAAGAAAAUAGUUCAUCACAUAACAUCUCACAAUUUGAUUAUGAUGACGGAGAAUAUAUUAUGGCAGAUCUGCGACGUGUUAUGCAGAAUUUGAGUUUUGAUGGUCUAUCGGGACCAAUCUCAUUUCAAGGCCCAGAUAGAAGAGGUAUAUCGGUUGUCUCACAAAAUCAAGGAAACACCUUUCCUAGAGAUAAAGUUCUGUUCAUCAUUCGACAGAGAGGGAUAAAUGACCAUGCAUUUUACGCCAUAGUAUGUGUCUCGCUGACAGGAAUUAUCUCCUCCGUUUGUUUUCUGCGGUUCAACUAUCAUUACCGUAAACUAAGGUACAUCAAACUUUCCAGUCCUAAACUGAAUAACCUUGCCGUGUUUGGGUGUAUUUUGGUGUAUAGUGGGAUUUUACUGUUAGGUCUCGAUGAUAACCGACUGCAACAGAAAAAUUAUCCUGUUUUCUGCACGAUGCGUUCAUUUAUGUUUGCAGCAGGGUUUUCAUUAGCAUUUGGAUCAAUGUUUACCAAAACCUAUCGCGUACAUCAGAUAUUUACAAGGGCACACAGCGGAUUGAUUAAAAGUAAACUGUUACAGGACAAACAGUUGAUUAUAAUCAUAUUCGCCUUACUAUUUGUUGAUUGUGCAAUGAUGGUGUUGUGGGUUUGUGUAGACCCUAUGCAACGACAGAUAUCAAACUUGACAACAGAGCCAUCACCAGAGGAUCCAGACAUACUAUACAUAUAUCAGUCCUCAAGCUGUCAAUCCGUUCAUAUGGAUAAAUGGUUGGAAUCAUUUUAUGCAUUUAAAGGCUUCUUAUUGAUAUUUGGCGUAUAUAUGGCAUGGGAGACACGGAACGUGAAGAUUCCAGCAUUAAACGACUCCCAGUAUAUUGGAAUGAAUGUUUAUAAUGUUGUUACAAUGACAAUUACAGUGGUGGUAAUGUCAAACAUCCUAUCAAAGUCACCAACUUUGUCUUACAUUAUAGAGUCGACAAUUUUGCUUGUAUCAACAACUGUUACACUUUGUCUUUUAUUUGUACCAAAGAUAUACUGUAUUGUUAUGGCAAAAGGGGCCCCCGUGAUAGCUUCCUCUGGUAUUCUAGUAGAGGAUAAAACGAGACGAUUUAUUGUUGAUGAUAAAAGAGAAAUAUAUUACAGAGCAGAAGUUCAGAACAGAGUUUAUAAGAGAGAGAUCGUUGAAUUAGAACAAGAGAUUACAAGGCUAGAAAGAUUACUUGAGCAACCCCUUGAACCUUACCCUAAGAUGACGUCCGACCUUAUGAAAGUUCUACCUGAAACUCGUGUUGAUUCUUUAUCUCCUACCCAAGAUAUAACAAGGCGAAUAAGAAGACGUUCUAUUAUUGUAAACGGAGAAGAAGUCAGUAUUGAUGGAUUUGGUUCCGACUCAUCAGAUAGUAGUGUAUCAGAUAGUGAUACUAUUGCCUCUGGUAAUAUAGUUCAGCCAUUUGCUAACAAACGGAAUCCUCUGCGUAUGAGCAUAAAGAAUGCGGCAGCAUCAACUGCACGUCGAUUGUCACUUUGGCGAAAAGCAAUUACCGAAAAACAUAGUAGAGAGAAGCCGAAUGCAAAUAAUCUUCAACAACGAAAUCAUCUUACAUUAGACAUUAGAAAACCUAAAAGAACGAACUUAGAGAAUGACAUUUGCAUAUCGGAUAACCUUCAAGUUCCUAGUAUUGUAAGUUAUUCACAUUUGAAUGAUAUGAAUUCUAGACAAAAAUGGAGAAUAAUGUUAACACCAGAAUCAGAAAGUGAAGAUGUUAUUGAAAUUACUUCAAUCUCUCCAGAUAUGUCUAUAGAGACCUGCAUUGCUGAAGAUACAGACAGAGGAAUCGUCAGAUCGAACUUGCUAAAAGGGGAGGUAACCCCUCGACGAAUUGACAGAAAAGAUGAAUUGUUAAGUUUUCUUUUACUAAAUGAAAGACGAAAAAGAAUACAAAAAUUACAAACUGAUAUUAAGCACAUUCACGAGGAGCUAGUUAAUUUAGAGGAAUUGGAAUACGUAGUUUCUAAUGUUUAGAAUCGUUAAAUUAUUCUUUAUGGUUUGUAU